UGAAGAAGAAGACAUGGAGUGGAAGCUGGAGAGACUGACCUCCUCAAGGGUCAAGACAGAUGAGCACGUGAUGUGGGAAAGUGUUAUGAAGACUCUGGGAAGAGACUUCAGAUGGAGAGGGAGACCGAGUCUACAGAAAAGAGCCAAGACACCAGACAUUCAGAAGACUUCAUAUUCAAGGUUCAAAAGAAGCAUCUUAAGAAGACGAGCAAGACAGGUUCCUGUAGCGAGUAGUCCGAUUUCCACUAGAUGGCAGCAUUGUCAACAUCAGGAGAAUGCCCUUAGUUCCUCUGAGCUGUCCCUGAGUUCAUCUGAUGAGUACUGGAGAACACCAGAGAAGCUGGUAUUAUUGCCAUACCUAACUGAUGUAUCCAAUGUUCCUGAUUCGACAUGCAAACCACCCCAAUCCGAAGGCAGUGUUCCUCAGAGCAUCUCUAAGAAAUCCAUCAGAAGGUGUCUAAAUCAGAAAAAGAGAUUAUUUCUCCACCCUCAAAUAUUUCUCACCACUGUGGAAGAGCAUAAGAUUGGAACUUCUAAGCAAUGUAACAGUACAAUGCAGAUAUGUGAGGAAGACUCAUGUACAUAUAAAGGUAUAAAAAAUGGAGAUUAUUUUAAUUUCUUGCUACGUCGUGGAAAAUGUCAUUUUAUACAGCAUAAGAUGCACACUUGUGAAAUGCCUAUCGUUUGCUCCAUUGAAUAUUUACUCUACAAAACUAAUACACAAUGCUGUCAACAAAGCAAGACAAAUGUCACACUUGAAAAAUCUUCCGAUGUUUACUUUUUGCAACCUGAUGUGAAACUCCAUUUAUCAGGGCUUCGGAAUGAUUACUAUCUUAACCUUUUGGAUUGGAAUUCAGAAAAUCUUGUUGCCCUGGGGCUUAAAUCAGCUGUGCAUAUCUGGAAUACGGAAAACAACAGCAUAGCUCAAACUAUUCAUUUACCUUCUCCAUCAACAUAUGUUUCAUCAGUAUCAUGGAUAAAUGCUGGGUCAUGUCUGGCAAUUGGCACAAGCAAUGGCGAAGUUCAGCUCUGGGACAUUGAAACACAGAAGAGACUCAGGAACAUGCUCGGACACAUGUCUGUUGUGGGAGCUUUAAGCUGGAAUCAACAUAUUUUAAGCAGUGGCUCCAGGCUUGGUCAUAUACACCAUCAUGAUGUCCGCAUUGCAGAAAACCAUAUUGGAACUCUACGUCACAAGCAAGGCAUUUGUAGUCUAAAGUGGUCACCAUCGGAAAAGCACUUGGCUAGUGGAUCAAGCGAUGGGAUUCUCAAUAUCUGGCCUUAUGAUCCAGGGUCGUCAAACCUUUGCACACCCUUACAGUCCAUGGUGCACCCCACAGCUGUCAAGGCGAUAAACUGGUGUCCAUGGCUGUCAGACACUCUUGCCGUAGGAGGUGGAAUGAGCGACGGCCACAUACGUAUUUGGGAUACAAGUAAUGCAAGAAUUGUCAACUCGAUAAACACAAACUCACAGAUCUGCUCUAUCCUUUGGCUGCCAGAUACAAGAGAACUCAUCACAGGUCAUGGAGCUCCAAAAAACCAAAUGAGUAUUUGGCAAUACCCAUCUUUAGUGAAAAGCACUGAUGUUUAUGGGCACAGAGGAAGAGUCCUGCAUCUUGCCUCAAGUCCACAUCACAAGAAAAUCUUUUCAGCAGCAGCAAAUGAAACAUCUUUUAUAUGGAAAUACACAGCAACUAAAGAGUAAACUGAAACAUAACAGG